AUUAACUGAUUCGGCAGCAAUCAAUACCAUACCAUAACCGCGUCGUGCCCGUUAGGACACCAGCUCUGCUUGCUUCCUCGUAAUCCCGAACUUUUCAAACAGCUUAUAAGGUCUUGAAUUCAGAGGAAAAAUAUACAUUUUUUUUUCUUUUUUAUCUUUUCCAUUUGGGUUCUUGAUUCUUGAAUUCCUAGCUUCAUAGUUCUUUCUCUUCGUUCAAGAUUCUAGAUUUUCCGACUGCUUCUUUGGGAUUUCUUUUCUUCUUUUCUAUUUUUGGAGGGAUGAAUCCGAACUGGGAGCUGAAGAACUGUUGUCAGCAUGAACAAGUAGUGUUUCUUGCCACCAUUGGCAUCUUCACUGUUGUCAUUUUAGCUUUAUGGAGGACAUUUCUACUGACGCCUUUUAAGCUCAUCACUGUGUUUCUUCAUGAAGCAAGCCAUGCAAUCGCUUGUAAGCUUACAUGUGGUGAGGUAGAGGGCAUGCAAGUGCAUGCUGAUGAAGGUGGCAUGACUCAAACACGUGGUGGUGUGUAUUGGUUGAUCUUGCCGGCUGGAUAUCUCGGUUCAUCAUUUUGGGGUAUGGCUCUCAUACUUGCAUCUACAAAUCUUCUCACCUCAAGGAUUGCUGCCGGUUGUCUAAUACUUUCCCUUCUUAUUGUCCUCUUCAUUGCAAAAAAUUGGACACUCCGAGGCCUUUGUAUCGGAUUUGUAAUUUUUAUUGCUGUCAUCUGGGUUUUGCAAGAAACAACCAAAGCCCGUAUUCUUCGCUACCUUAUUCUCUUCAUUGGUGUUAUGAAUAGUUUGUUUUCAGUCUAUGAUAUAUACGAUGAUUUGAUAUCUCGAAGGGUUCACUCCAGUGACGCAGAGAAGUUUGCAGAACUUUGCCCCUGCCCUUGUAAUGGUGUCGGAUGGGGAGUCAUUUGGGGAAUGAUAUCCUUCAUAUUUCUCUGCGCAGCAAUAUAUCUCGGACUUGUCAUCUUGUCUUGAGGUACUUUAUGCAUUGUUCCGUAUUGUUGUUGGUAGGGUGAGUUUUACUAUACAUUACUUGCGAACCACAAAAUCAGUGGUAAUAUUUGGAUACGGUAAAACAUGUUCGGCUGGAAAGUGGAAACCUAUGACACACAGAUCAGACGACGAACCAUAGAAUUUCUUUGUUAUAGGAACUAAGACAUAAUUUCUUCUUGAUGGAAAUAGCAAUCAAUUCGAUGAACUAUUGCUGCAUGCGGUGGUUAUUGAUUAAAAGAUCAGGAAACAGCGAAUAUGGAUGAAAACAAAUAUAAAUAUGUAAUGAGAUUUCAGUCUUGGCCGUAAUGAAUAGUUUUUCCUCAGUGUUGCAACAUAUUUACCGACUGCGAAAUAUACGUUCAAACGUCACUAACAUGGAAUGUGGCAAGCAGUCUAUCCUUUUGCUAAUCGCAUUGUUAUUUGCCACUUUAUCUGAAGAAUUCCUGCCAAGGUUGCUCUUUCUAGUUUUGAAGAAAAUCGAUGUUGGAGUGUUGGAUGUUUUGGUUCUCACAUCCUGUUUUAUCCUCAGGGUUAAAAAUCAUGGACUUGGGAUGCAUACUGAGGAGUCAAGAGAGCAAGAUCAUCACCAACUUCCAUUUUUCUUCUCAUUGUUUCAAAUAGUCUGAAUUGUAUACAGGAAAUUAUAUGUCAAAAUUCAUUUUUGGCCGCAGGGCAACAUUCUUUCAAUCCUCAGAUAGACAUCUCUGUUUUAUUGCAGCUGUUGCUAUCAUUGUAAAUGAUAGAACUUACGUUAGACUCUGGUCGGAUUCAAAUGGGGUAAUGCAGGACAUCCGCUAAACCUUUCAA